AUGCUUUCACUCUUCAUUAACAACAAGCACGGCAGCCUCGUCUUCCAGCGGAAUUUCCGUGAGGGCCUGUGUCUCAAAGCCAACGACGCGAUUCGCCAGGCCUCAACCUUUCAUGGUCUUUCAGAAAUAGCUGCUCAGCUCUCACCUGUCAGGCCGCCUGCCAUUGGGGAGCUUUCCUUCAUUCAGCCCAAGGGCAUCUGUAUCAUCGAAGCCUUCGGCUUUAAGGUGCAGUGCCUCGAGACGCUCACUGGCCUGCGCUUUGUGCUGGUGGCCGAAACUGGGGUCUCUAGUCAACUCAUUGAGAACUGCCUCCGUCAAGCCUACGCCGCCUACACAGACUUUGGUUUGAAAAAUCCCUUCUAUGAUUUAGAUAUGCCCCUUAGAUGCCAGCUCUUUGAAGAGGAGAUCGAUAAGAUCUUUGGCGACUACACGAAGAGUUGA